ACGAAAAUAAGCAAUUAAAUUAUUUUAUUUAUUCUUUUUACGAGAAAUAUAAAUGAUCGGAUUUGACCUAACGUGACCUUUGUGUUGUUUGUUCACAAUCGACUAAACAAACACAAGCGCGAUGCGAGCGCUGUCUCUAAGCAACCUUACAAGCUAUAACACAAAGGAGUAUUGUGACGUCGAUUCGCGGGAGGUUCUACCUUCGAUUCUUCGUCACAAACGAUUCUUUACUUUCAGAACCAGCAACAGAUUUGUCAUUCCGGCAGAGGUCGAAAUCUACCCCUUGCCCGUCGGGUGGUAUGUCACGUGCCGCCAGCUCACGUGGUCGUGGGAAGAAAGAGGGCCCACCCCCCAGAGUUGGACCCGGAAGUACAUACGCUGCACUUCCCAAGAAUGUAUUACGUCAUAUGAAACGUCAUUCUAAUAAACUGACCGUGGAACUGGACACUGUUAACAUAAAGGUGCUUCCUGAAGAGAUUUACGCGAAUGAAGAAGUCGCCAUGAUGACGUCAGUGUUGCACGCCCAAAACAACAAAAUCAAGAAAAUCCCUCGAAGUAUUUCAGCGUUGCAAAGUUUGUACGAAGUUGAUAUGAGGAAUAAUGUUAUCGGGGCGCUCCCAGCUUCUGUUGCGAAACUUAAGAAAUUAUCUUCACUGAACGUUUCCGACAACCGGUUGAAAGCACUUCCCAAAACAAUUCAUAAAGCGUCCGGGUUGGAGACUUGUGACGUAUCAAACAACAAGAUUAAAAAGCUGCCAAAAAAUAUCGGACAGUCAAACAUGACGUCAUUGGAUGUUUCGCAAAACUCGAUCAAGAUUUUGCCCAAGUCGAUUUACAGAUUACCACGGUCGCUAGAUGUCUCUGGUAAUCAGAUCGAGGUGCUUCCCCCAAUCGUCAUCACAAAGAAAAGCAAGGGGAACAUUUCUCAAAUAAAUUUAUCCGACAACAAACUAUCGAAACUCCCCGAAGAUAUUGAUAAACUACAACGGCUUACGCAUAUCAAUGUUUCGGGGAAUCAUCUCCAAUCUUUACCAACAGCCAUUGGAUCGCUCAAGUACCUUCACCACCUCGAUGCGUCAUCAAACAACAUUAAGGUUUUCCCACAAUCGGUUUAUUCGCUCGGAUUCUCGCUGACGUCAUUGAACUUGACGAACAACAGUUUGGAGUCAAUACCCGAUGGUAUUGGAUCUUUGAAACGACUUCGCGUCUUCAUGUUGUCGUUCAACAAGUUACAAACAUUACCCAACGAUAUGAAUGGACUUGUAUCCCUUCAACAACUACAUGUGUCUAACAACAACCUCACUAACUUGUCGCCGUUGAUUGGUCUCCUCCACCUCGAAACACUCGACGCCUCCAACAACAAGAUAACAUCCCUGCCCACCGAGAUGCACACCUUAAGAUGGUUGUUCAUUCUAAAUCUCGCAAACAACCAACUCACCUCUCUACCACCAUCUAUCGGCCACAUAAAAGCGUUAAAACAGCUUUACCUCCGAAACAACCGCUUGGAGUCGCUCCCGAGCACCCUUGGUGAGCAACAGCUCCUCCAAGUGGUGGACGCCUCGGAUAACGAACUCACCAACCUCCCUGAUGAUCUGAGGAAGUGGCGGACCUUGGAACAACUCAUACUAGCUAGGAACCAACUCUCGCAGAUCCCGAAGUCGAUCAAGUAUCUUGGUAUGUUGGAUAAGUUUGACGUCAGCGACAACAACUUCGUGACGUCACCGCUACCGGACGCGGCUUCUAAAGUACUCCGGGAACUGAGGUUGGCCGGAAACCCAUGGCGUCUUCCUCCGCUAGGUGGCGAUGAUAACCGGAGCUUAAUCACGCGGAUAUACAAGGAGCUCAAUGGUAUUGUGACGUCAUUGGACCUAUCGCGCGUCGAGUUGGAAGAAUUUCCGCUUUCGAUUUGUAAUUGUCGAAACCUCCGUGAAUUGAAGCUUGCUGGGAACUCCAUUAAAUCGAUCCCGGGAAACAUUGGUAGAUUGAGGUUGCUCGAAAUAUUGGAUGUUUCAAACAAUCAAGUUGCUAGGAUUCCCGAACAAAUAGGAAUCCUCACCCACCUCCAAGAACUACAUGUUUCGAACAAUUGUCUCGAAAACUUCGCCCAAAAUCUCACAAAGUUAAGAUCGCUUCAAAUCCUCAACUUUGCCGGAAACCAAUUGACGCAACUUCCGGAGAACUUUGGAGAGUUGAACAAACUAACUUCCAUGGAUCUUUCGGACAACCAAUUGUUGGAGUUACCGAAUGAUCGAAUCGACGUCUUAGCUUCGUUGAUGACGCUCAACAUAUCAUACAACAGAGUGAAAAAUAUCCCAACGGAUCUGCCCUAUCUCUAUCGUAUGCAGAUUAUCAACUUAUCGCGUAAUGAUCUGAAGUUGCUCCCUAUCGACAUCUGGCGGAUGAAGUCUUUGACCUCUCUCGACCUCACCGACAACCUGAUCGAGUCGAUCCCUGAAUCCAUCGCGAAGCUGCCGGCGUUGAAGGAGUUGAAUUUGACUGACAACAAAAUAAAGGUUUGGCCGAAAUGCAUGGCGGUGCUGACGUCAAAGGUCAAAGUUGAAAGUUCGGGUCAAGAUUCAACGAAGAAGCGUCCUCUCAGGGAAGGGGAAGUACCCGAGAUCGAACCGCCGCCACCGCCAAAACAAAAGAAAUCCAAAUCGAGUCCCAAGCUCGGAAGAGGUGCGCGACCGAAGACGGCGACAGGUGUUCCGACAAAACCGCUGGAGGGCGCCAUACCCUCCAAGUAGAUAAUGCAGUAUAUGUGACGUCACAAUAGAGAUUAUAUCUUCUGCCUACGUCAUCACAGCCGAAUCGAAUGCAGUACGGUGACGUCACUGAUGACGUCAUAAUAUAAUUACCGCCCACUUUCUUGCGUCAUAAUUAAACCAUUGUCGUGUAAUAAACCAGGUAUUGUACAAAACAAUAG